AUGCAGGCAGGGAACGCGGACGUUCCUCCUCAACCACAUCCACCAGAAUCCGUGUCCGAAAAUGACCUCAAACGUCGAUAUCUCGCUCUUUUGCCGCCCCAGCAGAUCAUCGACAUUUGCCUGAACUUUGAGCUCCAUGUCCCCCAAUACGUAAAGCAUAGUAUAUGGCCUAUAGAUCUCAAGGCUGCCAUUGCAGCCCUCCAGCCGAAACCACCGUCUGAGCCAGUGCCGACGAGCAAUGAGCCGCCUAUGGCUUCGCUGGUUCGUACAGAGCCAGCUCCGGAGAAAGGUUCGUCGGAACAACAGCGUGAACCCCCCAAGCCUCCGGAUCCACCGCAAACGACCUCGGAACCCCCUAAAAACGAUGUGCAGUCUGCCAGCCCCGCAUCCAUCUUAUCCAUACGGUUAUCCACCGAGCGCCUAUCCCCACUCACCGUACUAUCCCCCGCCGCCGAAUUAUCCUUAUUUACCGCAUCCAGGUUACGGUUACCCUCCUCCGGGCAACCUACCCCCGCACCAUCGUAUGCACCAGGACAGAUUGAAGGGCACGUCGUUACACCAGACGAUCUGCCUAGCUAUGAAGAAAUGAUAGUGGAGGCCCUGGUGGACUCUAACGAUCCUGAGGGUUGGAUGCCAAAACAGCUGUUUGCUUGGAUGGCAUCACAUUACCCUAUACAAUCCAAUUUUCGCCCGUCGGCCAGUCAAGCCUUACAGAAGGCGUUCAAGCGGGGUCGUCUGGAGAAGAGUAGCGAUGGCAAGUAUCGACUCAGCGCCACAUGGGAGGGUGGAAACACAUCGCGUCGUACGACAAGGCGCCCACAAACUCAAAAUAUCAGCGCCGUACCCGCCACUCAACCGCUGUCGUCUCCUUUCACCCAUGCACCUCGCGUCCAUCAUCAUCAAUCAUCAAAUUCGCCAGCACCAUUCACCCCCGCUCCGUAUCAACCACAACCGGCCCCCCCUCCUCAACCUCAGCCCCAAGCUCAGCCCACAUCUAGUAGUUCGUCAACGACCACUGUACCGUCUAACGAUGAGAUUGGGGAAGGCAGCCAGGCUUGGGAAGCGGCUCAGACGAUUCUCAAGGCCCUUAAUUUCAACAGUCUUCUGUCGAUGAACGCCGAAGAAGCGAACGCGAACGCUCGUAUAGCGACGGUGUCACAUCCCACCGAGGAUAACUCCCGUGCUGAAUCGGCCACUCGCCUUAAUAAUUCCAUUCAAGAUGCCAGUGCCCCCAUCAUGGCAGGUAGGGCUAGCCUCCAGGCGCAGCUAGCCUUACUCGCGACCCAGUUAGCCGAGAUUGCUCAGAUCAGCGUCGAUGACCCGCUACCGCCGGAACCAACGUGCCCAGCAACAGAAGCGAUCGAAUCCGCUCCUCCCUCGCAACGCAUGGUAGAUGUUGAAUUAGCGGAUGAUUCGGAUGACGAUGACAUGGAUGAAGUUACUAUUUUGUGA